AUGUGCGAUUUGCACCAACUCAAUCACAACGUGCCGGAAAACUACCAGGGCGAUGUUGUCUGUGCGGGAUGCAACUUCCAAGCUGCAGAUGCCGGCGAUUUGCUGCGGCACGUCGGUCGACAUGCAGCCAAGAAAUAUGAUCGGAAACUGUGUCGGUUAUGUGGAGAUUUUGUGGAGAAUAUGGUUAGUCAUGUCCAGAGCAUGCACAAGGAAGAGUAUCUUAAGUACGAAAGCUGUUUAAACCUGUCCUGUGACCAGUGUGAACAAGGAUUUCGGACGCCUAUCCAUCUCGCCACGCACAAACUGUGGGUGCACAAUGGUAAACAAGGUCAACUGCGAUGCCUCGUUUGUGCGAAGCCGUUCUCGACGACCCAUCAGCUGCAUGCGCAUAUAGAAACGGAGCAUACAACGGGUUUGACGUGCGUGGUGUGCCAGAAACGUUGCUCAACUUAUAUCGGCUUGCAUAAGCACGCGAAACGACACAGGGAGAUCCAUGCUUGUCGCACUUGUGGCUCGGUGUUCCCUUCUGUGACCGCCCUAAAUCAACAUCAGCGCGUUCACCGGUCUGUCGCUUCCUUCAAAUGUGAUUUGUGCGGAAAGACCUUUCAGAAAUCGCUCAAUCUGGCGAAGCAUAAAAUGAUCGUUCACACGGAUGAAAUGCGGAAACCGCGCAAAGGCAAACUGGAGGAACUGUGUCGGGAGGGAGUGGUGAGGGAGGAGAGUGAUAACGAAAAUGAAGUUCCACUGACCGCUUCGUUUAAAGAUGUUCAGCUGGCGCGCCAUAAUCAGAGUGGUGUCAUACCUCAAUUCCUGCCAUUGCUAGCCCAAUGGGAAGAACAACCGUCUGCAUCGCGCGUUGUUCAACGCGAAGGCUCACCCGAGUAUCCGUUUCCCUCUGAUAUUCGUCUAGUUGCGCCUGAUGCGUUAUCUGAAAAUUCUGUCAGUCCAGGGACGCGGCACAUUAGAGAGAAAGAACUAGCCGAUGGUGCUUCGGAGCAGAUAUCCUACAAGCGUUUCCAAUCCCUUCGCAAACGAAGUGGCGCAGGCGCCGGUGCAGCCUGUAAUGAUGUGGAUUUCUCUGAUGACAACGAUGAAUAUUUCUCUUUUACUGGGAACUAUGAUUCGUCGGUAGCCACUCAAGUUGAAUAUUGCCAUGAAGUGGCAGCGGAUUUGGAAGGUACCAACACAAAAAAUCGAGGCAGAAAACGUCGCAUGGUCGAUGCGAAAACCAGGAUGUCACCAUCGUCGAGCCGUUGCCCGAAGAGAACCGGAACGAUACAGAAACAGAUACACACAGAUACUGCGGAUACGGUGCCAACAGUUGAUGAUUUGUCGGCAAAUGUAGCACCGUGGGGGCUCCCGCCUGCUGCGUUUCUUCAACUUUCUUGAGGCGCGGAACCGACUGAUCAGGGCCGUGAUUGCCGUUAACCCAUUCCAGUAUCCGGCUGGAGAGCAGCGGUUGCUGGCGUUUUCCACCGCUGCGACCCUGCU